UCCCGUCCCCUCACUCACGAUCUCUACUCUCCUCUCUCACUCUCUUUCCUAACCCCCCGCGCAUUAUGGAUCACGGCGACCACGGCCACGGCGGUCACAUGCCCGACAUGGACAUGCCCAAGUGCUCGGUGAAAUGCGGCCGCAACCCCGCUGAUACCAGAUGAACAUGCUCUGGAAUGCCCAGGUUGCCGACACUUGUGUCGUCUUCCGCUCCUGGCACGUCAGUGGAUGGAUGACCAUGCUUGCGUCGUGCGCGAUCAUCGUCGGCAUCUCAGUGGCAUACGCGGCCCUCCUCGCUCGCAGCAGGCGCUACGAGCGCGCCGUGGCGAGCACGCUUGCCGCGACGCCCAUGACGGGCUACGCGGCUGUGGACGAGCAGAGCGCGGCCAAGGUUGGCAUCGUCCGUCUCCCAUCCUCGGUGCGCGCGUCGCGCGCGGGAAUGUAUGCGGUGUCGGUCGCCAUCGCGUACUUCCUCAUGCUUGUCGCUAUGACGUAUAACGUCUACCUCUGCACGGCGAUUGUUGUCGGAGCGUUCCUCGGGCACUAUGUGUAUGAGGACGAGAUGGAUAUCAGGUAAGUCCUGAUGCGAGACUGCUGUCGAGGACAAGAUGGAGAACACGGGAUGGGGAUGGUAGCGUCGCGCCCGCUCCCCUGCCGCCUGUGAAGCCACAAGGUGUCACGUAUAGAGCUGACAGCAGUGCGUUCGUCUCGAGCACAGGCGCGCGCGGCCUCGCAUGCCAUUAGAGGACUCGUGCCGCGUGGCCGGAAGCAAGCGGACCGCAUAGCCUUCUGCAGACGCGUG